AUGUCAGUCACUUUACACACGUCGCACGGCGACAUCAAAGUCGAAAUAUACUGCGAAAGCGUCCCCAAAACGGCAGAGAACUUCCUCGCUCUCUGCGCUACAGGCUAUUAUGACCAAUCCCCCUUCCACCGUGUCAUCCCCAAAUUCAUGGCCCAAACCGGCGCCCCCGCAACACCGAACCCUCCCGAGAACCCCAAGGGCGGACGUAGUAUCUGGGGAGGCGCAUUCGAGGACGAGAUUCGACCUGCGCUGCGACACAGCGCGCGAGGCGUGCUUUCAAUGGCUAACAAGGGACCUGGGACGAACGGAUCGCAAUUCUUUAUUACGUUCGACAAAGCGCCGCAUCUGGACGGGCUGAACACGGUGUUUGGACGCGUGAUUGGAGACGAGGGUCUGGCGACGUUGGCCAAGAUGGAGGGCGUUGAAGUUGAUCGGAAGAACAGACCAAAGGAACCUGUUCGAAUCGAAAAUGUGACGAUUCAUGCCAAUCCUCUUGCUGGCUGA